UCGGCCGGGCGGCCAUGGCGGCGGACCGGGGCCUCGUGUGCCUGCAGGACUACGAGCGGCACGCGCACCGCCACCUCGACCGGAACGCGCUCGACUACUACCGCAGCGGGGCCGGCGACGAGUACAGCCUGGGGCUCAACCAGACGUCCUUCAGGAGCUACCGCAUCCGGCCGCGAUGCCUGGUGGACGUGUCGCGGGUGGACCUCUCCGCGCGGGCGCUGGGCGCGGCCGUGUCCCUCCCGGUCGGCAUCUCGCCCACGGCCAUGCAGCGCAUGGCGCACCCCGACGGCGAGUGUGCCACGGCCAGAGCGGCCGGCGAGGCAGGCACGGUGUUCAUCCUGAGCACGCUGUCCACCAGCAGCGUGGAGGAGGUGGCGGCCGCCGCCCCAGACACCACCAAGUGGUUCCAGCUCUACAUAUACAAGGACAGGGAGCUGACCCGCCAGCUGGUGAAGCGGGUGGAGGCGGCGGGCUUCCGGGCCCUCGUCCUCACGGUGGACGCCCCUGUGUUCGGCAUCCGUCGCUCCGACGUGCGCAACCAGUUCAAGCUGCCCCCGCACCUCACACUGGCAAACUUCACAGGCCUCCAUGCGACUGAUGUGAACGAAUCAAAGGGAGGUUCCGGGAUCAACGAGUACGUGCUUUCGCUGUUCGACCCAGCGCUCUGUUGGGACGACGUUGCUUGGCUCAAGAGCAUCACGAAGCUGCCGAUCGUGCUGAAGGGGAUCCUGACGGCCCAGGACGCAGUCCGGGGCGUCGAUGCGGGCGCUGCGGCCAUAAUGGUGUCGAACCACGGCGCCAGACAAGUCGACAGCACGCCUGCCACCAUCGAGGCCCUGCCGGAGGUGGCGAGGGCGGUGGGCGGCCGGGCGGAGGUGUACCUGGACGGGGGCGUGCGCCAGGGCACAGACGUCUUCAAGGCCCUGGCCCUUGGGGCCCGCAUGGUGUUCCUGGGGCGCCCCGCGCUCUGGGGGCUGGCCCACAGCGGCCAGCGAGGGGUCCGGAGCAUCCUCGACAUCGUGAGGUGGGAGCUGGAGACCACGUUCUCCCUCACCGGAUGCAACAGCGUGCAGAGCAUCCGGCCUUGCAUGGUCGUGCACAAGUCCUUCUACCACAAGCUGUGAGCAGCGCAGGACGCGGCACGGCAGACGUCCCGAGGCCUGCGCGGCUGCUACGGCAGAAUAAACGACAUAUUAAAAUU